AUGAAAGCAUUUUCAUACAAUCCAGAAACCGACUAUGAAUUCGAAAAUAAUAUUUCAAUUGGGUUAAUGGAUAAUGAAUGUACUUAUUGUCAAGCAUUAAAAUACAGAAACGAACCAACUGGUUUAUGUUGUGCAAAUGGAAAAAUUAAACUACCAGUCCCAAGGUGUCCAGUUGAACCCUUGUUAUCAUAUUUAAUCGGUAAUACUUCUGAUUCAAAAGAAUUCAAGAAUAAUAUUAGGAGCUAUAACUCCUGUUUUCAAAUGACUUCAUUUGGAUCAAACAGAAAAAAAGAACCAGGAUAUAACACAACAUUUAGUAUACAAGGACAAAUAUAUCAUAGAAUAAGAAUAGGAUCGUUACUUCCAGCUGAUAAUAAUCCGUCUUUUUUACAAAUAUAUUUUUUAGGUGAUAGUGAAUUACAAGUAGAGAAACGAUGUACGGUUGUUCCUAAAAUCAAUAAAAAAAUUGUAUCCUCAUUACAAAAAUUGUUGCAUGAACAUUAA